GCUUUCAUCGUGUGUUAUGCCAGUCGAAACACCGUUAUUAGACCAAUCUCAUCUUAAACCGGGCCAUAAAGCCUCGUUACUUUCACAUUCGCAAACUUUAGAACUAUAUAGACAAAAUGCUAAAAAGACUAAUGAUCCCGACCUUCAGUUUGAAUUUGCGGCUUUUAUGGUAGAAGCUUCAAGAGCCAUGAACGACGAAGAAGCAAAAAAAAGAGACGACCUAGUUAAAGAAGGUUUAGCUCUUUUAAGAAAAUUAGCUGAUAGAGGCCAUGCUAAUUCACAAUAUUAUCUUGCAGAUUGCUAUGCAAGUGCUAUAGGUACUUCAAAAAAUAAACCUGAUUUUGACAAAGCUUUUCCUCUGUUUGUACAAUCUAGUAAACAUGGUCACCCUGAUGCUGCUUAUCGCGCUGGCGUAUGUUAUGAACAGGGUUGGGGAUGUCGUAAAGAUUUUGCAAAAGCCGAACAAUUUUUCAAAAAAUCAGCAUCAUCUAGUCAUCCUGGAGCAUUGUAUAGAUUAGGUAUUGCUGAAUUAAAAGGGGAAUUAGGAUUAGCCAAAAAUCCUCGUGAUGGUGUAAGAUAUCUCAAGAGAGCAGCAGAAAAUGCAAAUGAAGAAUUUCCACAUGCGUUACAUGAAUUAUCAGAACUUCAUGAGAAGGGAAUUGAUAACGUAUGUUUUGUAGAUAUAGAAUAUGCGGUACAAUUACUUAUAGAGGCGGCAAAUUUAAAUUAUGCACCAUCAGCAUUUAAAUUAGGAGAAUACUAUGAAUACGGCAAAAUGGGUUGCCCACAAGAUGCUGCAUUAUCAAUUCAUUAUUAUACCAUUGCAGCACAACAAGAUCACAGAGAAGCUUGUUUCGCUCUAACAGCUUGGUAUCUUGUUGGUAGUCCUGGAAUACUACCACAAAGUGAUACAGAAGCUUAUUUAUGGGCGAAAAGAGCUGCUGAAAAAGGGUUGCCUAAAGCUGAAUAUGCUGUUGGAUAUUUUACCGAAGUAGGUAUCGGCGUUAAAAAAGAUCAAUUGGAUGCAAAUAAGUGGUAUCGUCGUGCUGCUGAACAUGGUGAUAAAAGAGCUCAACAAAGAUUAAAAGGUGGUGCACCUAUUGAUGAAAAGAAACCUAAAAGAGAUGAUUGUGAGAUGUUAGAAUUCUCAAGAGCGGCAGAAUAUGAAAUUAGAGCUGUUGAAAAAAGGUCACCUAAAGCUAUAAAUAUAUUUUUACCGAGUGUCAAAACAGAUCAGGGAAAACAAUUGAAAAUGUAUAAGCUUUCCUUAUUAUUGCCCAUAUUUAUAACGUUAGUAAUUAAAAUAGUAUUAGCGCAAGAUUCGAAAAAUUAUGCGACACCAGCACCAACGGACAUACCAGGUAUCCCGCAACCAGGCCCCGACCAAAAAAAUUACGAAUACUCAAAAUUAUUAUCAUACUCAUUAUUAUUUUAUGAGGCACAACGAAGUGGAAAAUUACCUCCCGAUAAUCGAAUAACUUGGAGAAGUGACUCGGCAUUACAAGAUGGUAGUGAUAAUAAAGUUGAUUUGGUAGGAGGUUAUUAUGACGCUGGAGAUCAUUUAAAAUUUACUUUUCCAUUAUCAUGGACCCUUUCCUCCAUAUCAUGGGGCGCUUAUGAAUGGUAUGAAGGAUAUCAAACUGCUGGUCAAGCUACUCAAUUAAGAGAUAUGAUUAAAUGGGGAACUGAUUGGUUAAUUAAGGCACACUCCGAUCCAGAUGUUUUAUAUGUUAUGGUAGGAACGGCGGAAGUCGAUCAUAAUUAUUGGGGUCCUGACACUAACAUACCAUUACCAAGACCUUCUUUUAAUAUAAAUAAUUCUUCGCAUGGAAAUGAUGCUGCAGCAGAAGCUGCUGCUGCGAUGGCAGCUGCAUCAUUAUUCUUUAAGGAUAAAGUACAAGAUGAAGAUUACGCUAAUACAUUAUCUUUUCAUGCUAAACAAUUAUAUGAUUUCGCAAACCAACAGCCAUACGUAACAUAUCAAACAUCGGUUAAAGAGGCUGAUGACAUGUACUCUUCAAAUGGUUAUCAAGAUGAAUUGGUAUGGAGUAGUCUCUGGUUAUACAAAUUAACGAAAGAUCCACAAUAUUUUGAUAAUGCGGUAAAUUACUUUAAACAAUUUAAAUUAUCUGGACAAGUUAAUGUGGUUAACUGGGAUGAUAAAACUGGCGCAUCAUAUAUUUUAUUUGUACAAUGUGCUACGGAAUUAAAAAGAAAUGAUAUCGAUACUUGGAAAGCUGAAGCAGAAAGAUAUUUAGAUGCUGUAGUAUCUCCUGAUGGUAGAUGUCGUUUCACGAAAGGUGGAUUAUAUUUUUGUGAAGGUGACAGUGAUGCCGCUUCUUUGAAUCCCGCAUUAAAUGCUGCUUUCGUGUCGCUAUUAUAUUCCCCAUUCAGUUCGUCCGAUUCUAAGAAAGAUGAUUAUAUCAAGUUUGCCGCAAAGCAAAUGAAUUACUUGUUUGGAGAUAAUCCUAUGAAGACUCCUUAUGUUGUAGGAAUUCAUCCAAAUUCUCCUAAAGAUCCUCAUCAUUCAGGUGCACAUGGGGGUACCGAUAUAAAUAAUCCACGUGAGAAUAUGCAUGUUCUUUAUGGAAGUAUUGUAGGUGGUCCUUCUAAACAUGACAAGUAUAAAGAUGAUAGAAAGGAUUAUAAACAAUCUGAAGUUGCUUUAGAUUAUAAUGCUCCCUUUCAAAGUUUAAUGGCUUAUCAGGUUAUUAAUGCUAAAGAAGAUCCUUAUUAUGUUACUUUACCUCCUGGAAGACCUCAAACAAAUGUCGCUCUCAUCGUUAUAUUGGUGCUUCUCUCUUUAUCUGUCGUUGGUAUUGGUGGUUUUAUUUAUUGGAAAAAAUAUAGAAAUCGUAAU